GGAAGGUUCAGUUUCAUCAUCAACAACUCAGUAGCCUUAUAUCGCACUUUCUUGUGUUCGGGUUAGGAUUGGUUAUUGGGACUAGUUUUCAUUUCUCGAUCAGCGGUAGUUUAAUUUCUUCCAGUAAUUUUGAGCUGAUGAGACAGUACUGGCCGGUUACUCCGCCGCAACCGGCACCGGUGGUGGUGGGGAUGAGAGAAUUUAGGAGCUCAAAAAGUGUGGGGCAAGAGAUGAUGAUGAGUAGUAGUGAGGGCCCUCAUCCCCCGGGGGAUCAGUUGGUUCACCGGAUGAGAGGGUUACCGGCGGUGAAAGGAAUUAUUAGGGGGAAGGUGGCGUUCAUGUUUUUAACGAGAGGGGAUUUGCCGUUGAGGCCAUUUUGGGAAAGGUUUUUCAAUGGAAACGAAGGAUUAUACUCAAUUUAUGUGCAUUCUGAUCCUUCUUUCAAUGCAACUUUCCCAUUAAAUUCUGUCUUUCAUGGACGUACCAUACCUAGCAAGGUAGUUGAAUGGGGGCAACCAAGCAUGAUUGAAGCGGAGCGACGGCUCUUAUCCAACGCUCUUCUCGACGUCUCUAACCAACGAUUCCUCCUUCUUUCCGAGUCCUGCAUUCCCGUCUUCAACUUCACCACCGUCUACACUUAUCUAAUGGGGUCGGCUCAUAUCUUCGUCGAGUCCUACGACUUACCUGGCCGUUUGGGCAGAAACCGGUACAGGUCCAAAAUGCAGCCAACAAUCAUUGAGACCCAAUGGAGGAAAGGCUCCCAGUGGUUCGAAAUGGACCGACGGACGGCGACGGUGGUGGUGGAGGACCGGAAGUACUUCCCACUGUUCCAAAAGUACUGCCGCCCGAAUUGCAUUUCGGAUGAGCAUUAUUUGGCGACGAUGAUGAGUAUAGAGUUCGGGGAAAGGAAUUCGAACCGGACGCUGACUUGGACGGAUUGGUCGAAGCAUGGGCCUCACCCGACGGGGUUCGAGAGCGAGGAUGUGACGGUUGAGCUUUUGGAGAGGAUACGGGACGGCAGCAUGUGCGAGUAUAAUGGAGAAAGAAGUAGAAUUUGUUAUUUGUUUGCGAGAAAGUUCAUGGGAAGUGCUUUGAAUCGGCUGCUGGAAAUUGCUUCUCAAAUCAUGUUCAUCCAUUGAAUUCACUUCCCUUCUUCUUCUUCUUCUUCUUCUUCUUCUUCACUUGUAAUGUAAAUCAAUUUUCAGUUUUUAGGCAAU